AGGGGUAAUUAGUGUCCUUGGAGUUAAAUAAGCUAAUACUUAGACACCUCUGGCACAAGCAAUUAUGUUUGUGUAUUGAAUAAUUGAUUCAAAGAGGGGGGAAGGGCUGCUAAUCAGAUCUGAGCAUAAUGAAUUGAUUUAAUUAACAGGGGAAUCCGAGGGUCUCUGGAAACUGCGCGCAUUUAUUCAGUAGCAGCAGAGGCGAGCGCGGCACAUAAACUGGGAGAGAGGCGGCGCGAGUUUGCUUUCAGCAGUUGUCAGAUUUGCAAUUGGAUUUGUUUGAAUAUAGUUGCUGUUUCGGAGCAAAUGAGAACGGGAAAGAGAGAGUAUUAACAGCGAGGGGAGCUCAGCCGUUCAGUCUGAGCGUCUGAUCCGACCGUGUGUGCACAGUUCCAGAUAGGCGACACUAGAUUUAUAUCGGUUUUCAUUGUUUUGCCCUUUUCUUUUUAUUCGCAUGGAAUUUAUCAAGAGCAACCAACGCCGCUUGAUCGCCGUUUAUUUGCGUUACAGUUCAGCCCGGAUAGGGGGUUCUCGCCGUGUUUAUCGCCGUAUUCCGUGUGUGAAUUAUUAUUGAUAGGGGGGAGAAAACGUGCGGACGGCAAUUCAUCUUUCCAGGGUUUUGGUUUAUCGAGGCGUAGGCUAGUCAACCGCGCGUUUCAAAGCCAUUUCCAGGAGAAGGUCUGAGCAGACCGAGCGGUGCAGCCUGCUGGAGCCGAGGACGGACCGCCCGGGGAAGGACUCCUCGUUCCUCAGGACGAUGGUGUUGGACAAGGAAGAGGGUGUGCCGAUGCUCUCCGUCCAGCCCAAAGGGAAACAGAAGGGGUGUGCUGGCUGCAAUCGCAAGAUUAAAGACCGCUACCUGCUCAAGGCCCUGGACAAAUACUGGCAUGAGGACUGUCUGAAAUGUGCCUGCUGCGACUGCCGCCUGGGGGAGGUGGGCUCCACCCUCUACACGAAAGCCAACCUCAUCCUCUGUCGCAGGGACUACUUGAGGCUCUUUGGUACAACAGGGAACUGUGCAGCCUGCAGUAAACUGAUCCCAGCCUUUGAAAUGGUGAUGAGAGCCAGAGAUAACGUUUACCAUUUGGACUGUUUUGCCUGUCAGCUUUGUAACCAGAGGUUUUGCGUGGGGGACAAGUUUUUCCUAAAAAACAACAUGAUUUUGUGUCAAAUGGACUAUGAGGAGGGCCAGCUGAACGGGAGCUUUGAGACACAGGUUCAAUAGUUGGAAACUCAUGGCAGCAACAAUCGGCUCCACACUUUACACACAACAUGGAUGUUCUGCUGCACUUGGAAAAAGACAAGCGUCUGUCUGCUUGCCUGCAAUACUUUUUAAGACCCCUUUAUCAGUCCCUAAGGACUCUAUUGUAAAUGUUCAACUUUUUGCCCCUCCCACACCCCAACACUGAGCAGUUACAAAUUUUGAUGUACAGUUGUGCCUGCUUAGCUGAGCACUGUAUUGCUUGUAUGUUUUGUGAAAUUUGUUUCAGGUUUGUUUUCUUUUUCUUUUAGAAAUGGUUCACUGGAGGGUAUGUACAGUCUGUUUUUUCUGUAUAUAUAAACUGGAACAUUUAUUUUAUGAAAUGUAAUGCAAUUUUAUUACUAGUGUGAAUUAAAGAUUCUUAAAUGUU